UUUUUUUUUUAAAGGAUUUGGAAUAAGCUCUUCCUCUUUUUUCACUCUCUUUGAUCAAACAGCCUGACAGAAAAGUUGUGACAGAUUUAGAAAGAAAAAAAAAGUCCAGAGAGAGACAGAGAGUUUUGCCCUGAAGGUUUCUCAGAAACAGGAGACAGAUAAAGAGGCAGUGAUAAUCUGAGAGAGAGAGAGAGAGAGAGAGAGAGAGAGAGAGAGAGAGAGGCAGAGGGAGGGAAGAGCACAGCCGCUGUGAGAAGAGAAGAGAAAAUAUAGAUAAAGAAAGCGAGGAGGUGCACCAGUUUGAAGGGUGAGGAGAAGAGACUGAAGAGAGCAGCCAAGGCCGGAGAGCAAAGGACAGAUAAAUGGGAGAAUCAGCAAAUAAGAGGCACAGAUUGACCAAAAAUUCAAGUUCAAGGUCAAGAAAGAUAUAAAGAGGAGCAGAGAGUGAAGAUAAAGCUCUCACAGACAAAUACUGACUUGAAGAACAUACAAUUAAACAGCAAGAAUGGACGCGCAGCAAGAGGAGAGGAACGGCUUCCUCUGAAGAAAAGGGAAAACAAAAAAAAGGAGCUGUGUUUGAAGCUGUGAAGAGGAGACGAUUUCCUCAUCAUGAUUUACUCAGCUGAUUUCCCAAAUUCAAACAACCUGCGCCAGAAGAGCAACUUCGUCCCAGGAUAGAAUGAAGAGAGGAGCAAAGAGACAGCUGCCGAGUCUGUGAUACCCUCCUCCUCCUCUUCACCUCACACUCCUCCACCAUCCUCUCCUCCUUCCUUUCUGUCACUUUACGUCCAGCUUUACAUUUAAUAACUUCCUCCUCCUCUGUCCUCAAAUCUCCUCUCCUCUCCUCUCCAUCUCCUCACUAUGUUGAUACCAGCUUUGCUCCUAUGGAUGCUUAGUAUCAGCAACUUGUGCUCAGGACAAGAUUAUACAGACUUUUACCAAACUGGAGACAUGGGCACCGAGGCUCCAGUGUUGUCGGAUGACCAGCCCAGUUUGGAGACAGUAACGAGUGUGGAUCAGCUAUUAGAGCUUCUGUACCCCGAAUACAGUUUGCUUCAGCACUGCCUGAGGAGGAAAUCACAGCACGCCUCCUCGUUCCCCUCUUUUUCCGCCACCUCAGUGAGCCCUUUAGUCCACUCUAACAAUGAGGAUCUGUGGGGUCCGCCAAGGGAGGAGGCUCUUUACAAAGCUGACGGGACUUUGGAAGUCAUACUAGAGGAGAUCCAGCGGACCUCAUGCCAACCCAGAGAGGUGUGCGUUGAGGUCGCCAAAGAAUACCCAGAAUCCACCAGUCAAUUCUACCUCCCUCGCUGUGUGGCGCUGCAUCGUUGUGGCGGAUGCUGCACCAGCGAGGCCCGUUACUGCACCAACACAAGCCACUCGUUUGUAAACAAGACACUGAUGGAACUGUCCCCUCCCAGGACAGAUCACUCCGUUGUCAUGGUAACCUUCGUCAACCACACGUCGUGCGAAUGUAUCCCCAAGCGGCCCCUCCACACCAUCAUAAGACGGGCAGCGACAGAUCACCUGUGCUCCCCUCCUGAAGUCCCCUGCGCCUCAGGGUCACUAUGGGAUCCAGUGAACUGUGUGUGCGUCUCUACAGAUGCCAUAAACUACUCUGAGAGAGAGACAGAUGUGCUGGACUCAGGUCUGCUGGCUCUCUGUGGGCCUAACAGGGUUUUGCAGGAGUCCACCUGUGAGUGCGUCUGUCGAAACGGGCUCACCGAGGACAGCUGCGAUCCAGGCUGGAAACUGGACCACAACACCUGUGAAUGCCAGUGUGAAGGUCAAGGUGAGGGGAAGUGGUGUCCUGCCGGACAGCGGUGGGACGAAGACCUGUGCGGCUGUGUGUGCGCCGCAAAUUGUCCUGGGAAUCAGCCCCUGAACCCCGACACCUGCCUGUGUCAGUGCAGAGAGAGUCCACAGUCGUGUCUGCGGCAGGGCAAAAGGUUCAACCCCAACACCUGCAGUUGUUACAGGCUGCCUUGCAGGAAGCCCAGACGUGUGUGCCCAGCUGGGUUUUACUACAGCCAACAAGUCUGCCAGUGCAUCCCCGACUACAUGAGGCCAGAGUGGAAUUAACCAGUCACAGGCCCGCAGUGGAUCAGGACUGCAGACAGCACCAUUUACGGCCCUUUGACCUGAGGUUUGAAACGUUUUGGCCUGAAAACAAAGAAGAAAGACGACAGAGGAGCCUCUUGGCUGGAGGGCAGGAAGGUGCAACCAAACAUUUACACGUACUGGAUUACAAAAGACUACUAGUAGCACAUGGAGGAGUUUUACUAAUGCUGUCUCUGCUCAGACACACUUCCAGAAAAGUGAAAUACAACAAAGGAAGAUGGGAGCGCUUCGCAGUUAAACAAAAAGUCCAAAACAGCCACCUAUACCCAGUGAAACCAGUGAAAAGAAGAGGAAAUGAGGACAGAUUUUUGACUGUGUGGGACACUGUCUGAGAGUGCCCAUCUGCUGGCUUACUUCCCACUGCUAAUAACAUGAUCUUGACUGGAAAUAACCAAUCACACCUGGAGACUGCCUAAAAGCAUGACAGCAAAGGCAGGAUGAACCAAUCAGAAACGGAGCCAGCAGUCAUCCCUGCCGCAACGUGUUUGAGCCUGACAAUCACACAGCGACCUGCUGCAGACACGCCACUCACAACUGUGUGAAAUGGAAAGUGGAAUAAGAUAAUAACACACCAGACUCCAUGUUUUUCCCAGAUUAAAUCAGAUGUAGGCAAAUUCACACUUCGGCAGCAUUGAGUGAUGAGACGUUUGAGAGGUUGAAGGAUUUAUUUUGCAGAAUUCAUGUAAUGUGAUGAUUGUGGGGCCUUAUAUUCUCUGCUGUAGUAGAGGUGGAAAAGGUGACUGUAACUUUUGGACCAUUCAAAGCACCUGAGACUAUACCCAGCUCUAGAUUGUAAUGUUUGCGAACAGACAGAGUCCAUUGCAUCUAUACUGAGACGAAUGGAGUGAAUCCAGCUUAUUGCAGCUCAGUUUUUUUUUGUUUUUUUUUUGAGGCUCAUGAGAAAAAAAACUUUACAGAAAAGUCUGAGCUGGUGCAGCUUCCCAAAAGCUUCUCUUUUUUUUUUAUAAGAGAGCAGAGGUUUAAUGCCAGAGCCUGUUUAAUUAAACACUUAUUUAAAACACUCCCAACAGUUAUUAUAUCUUCCAGUUUCUACUUGCCUCUACUGCAGUGCUGCUCUUUGAAGAUUUCCUUUAUACAUGGCUGAAUCCAAUCAAAAUGGAUGUUAACACUUGGGUACAGUUCUAGGUCUUCUACUAAUUUAACUUUACACAUACUAUGUAAUAUAUUUUGUAAAUAUUUAAAUCUUUUCAUAUUUAAAUCUGUGAUAUUUUGAAGAUGGAAUCAUGUAGUUGUAAAAUACUGUAUUUAAGUCACUAUCAUAACUAAAUAUUGUUUUGGAAUGACACUAUUUACAUGUGUUUGUACUCCAGUAGUUUUAAUUAUUAUGGAGAAAUUUAAUUUUGUUUUUUAACUGUCCACUUUGCCUGCACUGCAAAAGGCUCAUUUUAACUUUAACUUUAGACAUCUUCGAAAAGUUCUGGCUCUUCUGGCUCAAAGAUCCAUUAAACGUUAAGAUGAAGAUUUUUUGCAGUCAGAGCUGAUUGUAGUGUUUGUUCUAUGUGGAUGUGGAAAGAAGCUGAAAUUCUUCUUCAUGUGAUGAUUAAAUAUUUAAAGUAGUUUUAAAGUAUUGAUUAAAAGCCUUGUCAGACUGA